GUCUCCUCCGCCGCCCCGGUGAAACCCUCCGCCUCCCCGACGAAACCAUCCGUCCCCCGAUGAAAUCCUCCGCCGCGUCGAUGAAACCCUCCGCCGCACCGAUGAAACCCUCCGCGGCACCGAUGACCCACUCCGUCGCACCGAUGAAACCUACUGGCCAAUCUGGCGUCUCUGGUGAUACCUCUUCGAAGAAACGUAACGGCAAGGCCAUUUUCUGCUCCGACGUCUCUUCCGACAAAAACGAUGGCGUCGUGAUGUUCAGAAAUGUGACGUUUGGACCACAGGAAGGCGAGUUGAGGUUUCGUCUGAUCCAUUUUUGGGAGGCCAGGAACGCAUUCACGAAGAUCCUUAUUGGUCUAGAGAUGCUUCUGAUCGACGAAGAGGGCACUGUGAUUCAGGGAUUCAUCCCACCAUCGAGGAUUGACACCUAUCUGCGACAUAUGAUCCCCGAUUCCACUUACAGACUCAACAACUACUUUGGUUCUAAGACCAAGAAGGUGUACCGGGUUGCUGAUCCAGACGUCACCAUUGCUUUCUCAUGGAACUCCGUACUAUCUGUUCUCACAGAUAGUUCUAUACGGUUUCCUGAAGAUCGAUUUCGUUUCCAUGGUUAUGAAGAGUUCGAAGCGGCUUGCGACCUCAAAGGGGAUCUGUUUGAUUACAUUGGUCAUAUUAGAUUGGUGAAUGAGCAGACUCUUACCGAGGGUCUUGUGCUGGACGAGGUCGAAAUAGCUUCCAUGCGGCGAAUUCUGAUUCAUGUUCAGACAUAUGAUGGUCCUGUGAUGAAGCUCUACUUAUGGGACAAGGCAGCUACAGACUUGUGUGAGAAGUUUAAAUCACUUGGAAAACCUCCAAGUGUUAUUUUAGUGACAACUGUGAAUCCUAAGCGUUUUGAUGGUGCUUUGUCUCUGUCAUCCCUAUCAUCUUCAAGGGUAUUUUUUGUUAUGGACGUUCAAGCAACCAGGGAGUAUUUGGCUUGUUAUGUAUUGACUUGUGUAGCAUAACGAAAGCUUUACUCUAUAUAACGGCUUGGUUUUU